CCUAAUCCUAUAACAAUCUUAAAUUCAAGACUAUUCUAAUCAAUAAGACAGAUUUAAACACAAUUACAAUAAGAUUUAUAUUUAAAGAUAAUUAAUACACAUACCAAAAAUAGUCAUAUAAAACGAUAGCCAUCGCUCUUCACUCUCCUCUCCAGCAAAUAAAUCUCUCUCUCUCUCUCUAAAAUAUUGAUGGCACGUAAGAAAAGCCUCCGAGCAACCUUCCUAUACGUCGUCGUUUCCGUCUUCUUCUUCGCCUCUCUCUACCACUACCUCCACGACGCCGUCUCCACCUUCUCCUCCACCGCCAUCAUCUCCUUCUCCGCCGCCACCAAAACCCCCUUCCACCGCCGCUCACUCGCCACCACCGCCGUCCUCGUCCACGACUGGCAGGUCCUCGUCAUCCUCUCGCCGGAGACGCCGCCUCCGCCGAAUCUCGACGGCUACUCCUGCCUUUUCCACACAAACGAGAUUUCUCCGGCGAGAUUCUCCGGUACGCUCCCAUUCCCCGAUCGAGCGACCUUCACCUGCCUAUUUCCGGUACGAGCUCGCCGGAGCGCGCCGUUCCGGCAGCCGGUGCUGCUGCGGACGCAGGUUAAACCGCCGGCAAUCGCGGCUGCGCGGCCGCCGCUUCCACUGUGGUCGAAUCUCGUCUACGACUCCCUCACCACAGACGACGAUGUCGUCUUAUUCGUGAAGGGGAUCCACACGCGGCAGGGCUCCAACCGCCGCCCUAGUGAGUUCCGGUGCGUCUUCUUCUCCGACGCCACGGAAGGCGUCAGGACCGCCGUCACGCACUCGAAGCAGGAAGUUUUCCGCUGCGGACGGCCUCCCCUAACGGCCGUUAGCACGGGAAAGGAAUUAGUGAAAGUCACCUUAGAAAUAGUCGCGGAAAAUAGGGUAGUCCCUUCCGUGGCGUACUACACGCCCCCGCGCAAGUUAGCCCCCAACGGCGGGAAGGCUCUACUCUGCGCCACUACCAUGGUUUACGACGUGACCAAAUUUCUCAGGGAGUGGGUGUUGUACCACGCCAAAAUCGGCGUCGAGAAAUUCCUCCUCUACGACAACGGCAGCGACGACGAUCUCUCCAGAGUAGUCCGCGAGCUUGUGAUCGAAGGCUACGACGUCGCCACCUACACGUGGCGGUGGCCGAAGACGCAGGAGGCCGGCUUCUCGCACAGCGCGAUCUACGCUUUAGAUGCUUGUACGUGGAUGAUGUAUAUAGACGUCGACGAAUUUGUAUACUCGCCGACGUGGCAUAAUAUCAGUGCGCCGUCGCCGUCGCUGCUGCAUCACCGGAUCGCAAAUUUGUCGAUGAAAUUAGGUCAGAUAAGCAUAAACUGCCGCGAAUUUGGGCCGUCGGAGCAGAAGGUUCACCCGGUGCUGGGCGUGAUCUACGGCUACGAUUGCCGCCGGCGCCUGGAGAAUCGGCACAAAUCAAUUGUGAAAUUGGACGCCGUUGAUGAAUCCCUAGUGAACGUGAUCCACCAUUUCUACCUAAAGGAAGGGUUGAGGACUAGGAAAUUGAACACGACGGCAAUGGUGGUGAACCACUACAAGUACCAGGCGUGGCCGGAGUUCAAGGCCAAGUUCAGGCGGCGCGUGUCGGCCUACGUUCUGGAUUGGACGCAGAAGAUGAACCCGAAGUCGAACGACCGGACGCCCGGGCUAGGGUUUGCCCCGGUGGAGCCGGCCGGGUGGCCGCAGAAGUUCUGCGAGGUUCGGGAUGAGGUGUUAAAGGAUUUGGCUAUUCGGUGGUUCGGGAUCGAGUCGGAGUUCGGGAUCAAAAUGCCGUGGGAGAGAUGAUGCAUGAAAACUGUUGAUUCUCUACGGAAAUUGGGGCUAGGGUUUUGCGCGAUCGAUGAUGAUUCGAUUAUUCUUGGCUUGCAUGCAUGGAUAUUCAUUGUUUGCUGCUUACGCCCAAGGAAGACAAUUGUUUGUAUAAAUUAAAAAGUGAUGAAAGGAAUUUUCUGCCCAUGUAAUUGAACAUGGAUUUAUGUGAUUAAUUUUUUGUACCUAUUCCUUGUAAUUUGGUGCUUCAAUACUAGCUUUUUUUAGUUAA